AAAUGAAAUGAUUGCAAAUAUCAUAAAUUAGGGGUAUUUUAAGAUUAUAUUUAAAGGUUAAAGCCCUUUCUACAGAAACAGUCGUAAUCUAUGUUAUUUAUUUAUUUAUUUAAAUUGUAUCUACAUUGGGAUUUUUAGCCACUCCCACUUUACAGGCACCAAAUAUGUGCUCGUGACCAUAACCUCGAAUUAAGAUCAGACGUCCAACACCAUCCCCACUUAGUCCUUGACAACCCGCAGGAGAGACACCUUCUCUGGAAGAUACCAUGGUCCCUUCAUAGUUAAGUGCAACAAUGUCAGGUGAGGCUGUCAUUUCUACAUUGAAACCCUUUCCUUCCUUGUGUGUAUUCUGUUAUUUGUGUAUGUCAGGCUAAGAAAAGAGGAUCAAGAAGAUCCACUUGCACAAAGCUGCACACCUCGUGUCCUACACUUGAAAUCUGCACCUUCCAGGGCCAAGCAUCAGCUAUAUGAGACAUGAGGAGCCCACCUGCAUCAUGAUUAUACGGUGUGUGUUCUCUUAUGUCAUUUAAAAACUUUAGAAACUGGUCUUCUCAAACGUGUGGAUAUUUCUGUGUCUCCUCCAGGCACCGUUCACACAGUAUGUGUGACUCUAUAGAACCACUUCCCGAUAUUAGCACUUGGUUCUGUAAGCAAAUGUGACGGGUCAGGUAAGAAUCCACCGAUGCUGCUAAAACGUGUGAAGGAAGUUUCUAUUUAGACGUACAAUGUGGUCACUGAACCGUAUUAGCCUAUUUCAUGUUAUAAAAAUAUUAAUAAGUAUUAAUAAUAAUGUGUAUGUGUGUCCUUGUGCAUCUCAAAUAUGUCAUGUGUGUGUGCUUGUCUUUCUUUAGUUAUGAGGGCUAAUUUUGGCUCAAUACCAUCAUUGUGGGGCCAUUUUUGCCAUUAAGACUUGAAAACUUGAGUGGGAGGAAGUGGAGCGACGUGGUCCCUCUAUGCUUCCUGGACGCUCUAAAUUGCCUCUUUAAAUGUUUUCUUUAGUUGUUAAUAAGACGUGGAUGGUGAUGUUUUCAAGCAUCAGCACCACAUGACCGGUGGAGCGCAAUUUGAUUGGCUAAUUGUUGGAUAUUCAAAGAUUCCAGGCAGAUUCUAUAUCCACGCUAUCUCGGAUGUGUAAUGUGACAUUUCAAAACCUCAAAUUUUGUUAUUCGAAUUAGGCUUGCAUUGAAUUUGAAGGGUUUCAAACCUUCUGAAUUGUUGAAAAUUAGUUUUUCUUUCAACAAUUUAAGAGUUACAUUUAGAUUCAAUUACACCAAAACCAAAGGCUUUUUAAAUGUCCAAACCUGGUGACACCGAUUUUCACAGCAUGUUUUCAGCCACCUUCUUCACAGAGACAUUAGUGUUCUGUUUGUUACAGGAUAUGCAGCCAAUCAGCUUCUGUUAAUUACCUGGAAAUCUGCAUUAGGUGCUUUAAUAACUUGUGUGUAACGUGGUUAGUGGUGAUGGUGGUGCAUUAUCACCUCUAACUGCCUUUUUGGUUGAGAGGCAGACACACACAAACAAACACUCUACAUUCCCAUAUCUGUGUUGUUUUGGUACAUCAGUCUUUGUGAAAGGGGAAACCUGCUGAUCCCUGCACACACACACACACACACGCACACACACGCACGACUCUCCCGUCUUUUCUCAUCUGAACCAUAAACUGAUGGUUAAAGUGUAACGUGCACUUAUCUCAGCAUCACACGCACACACGCAUACGCGUGCACGGAGUCUCUGCCACAGCCUGCAGCUGCAUUGACGGUAAACAGAGGAAGGUAGCGCAUGGGCAGGCAGCAGGGAAUUAUUCCACAUCGCAUCACAUGCCUGGGCAUACAUGGCGUCCUCACACACCGAGCCAUGACUCUGGCGUGCAGGCUGCUGGCUUAGCCUCCGAUGCACCCGUCCUCUCCUCCCUGCUCAUUUCUUUCCGUGCGUGUGUGUGUGUCCCUGAGUGUGUGUGUGUGCAGCCGUCAUUGUGUGCGCGUUGGCGUGCAGAAGACCGCGCGCACAUUGCAGCCGACCGUGCAUAGGUAUCAUCGAGGAUCGAGACGAUGGAUGCGGGCUCUUCCGGAUCCAUCCCUGCGAACACGACUCCGCGCACGGGCAGGAUUUCUCCCCUGCAGCCGCAUCCACGCAUCCUCCGUCGCGCUGCCUUCGAGGAGGGUCCGGUCCUCUGGAGGAAAUGAGAGGAAAGGUCUGUUUUGACUCGCGCUUGUCAAGAUGGAGGCAUCGCUGAGAGGACCCGUGCAUUCGAGAUCAAACGCGCCUCAUUAGAUCAUUAAGGAUCAUUAUUUUUUCAGCGCAGGAGGCCUCUCUUAGCCGUGACCUGCAGCUCUUUUUCUAUGAGCGCUGAUUCACAACGAAGAUUGAUCCCGCCGUCGACCCGAUGUAGGAGCUGCUCCCUCCGACCCCCACGACGCCCACUCCCGCUCAGAUUUCAGCAUUCCGUCAAAUCCACAAGGACAGAGUAUGCCAUCUGCACCUUUUCACAGAAUCCUACGACCCCUUCUGCUCGGCACGUUCAUACUGGGAUGCUUUGUCACUCUGUUUUUGAUGUAUUUUAAACCGUCCACCAGCUGGCUGUCAGGUCCCGUCGAGUCAACAGCAUCCACGGACCACGUUAAGACUCUCUUCUCCACCAAGAGCGAUAAAAACGUGACCACCCUAUUGAUAUGGCUCUGGCCCUUCGGACAGACCUACGACCUGAGCGUCUGCAGCUCUCUCUUCAACAUCGAGGGCUGCUUCAUCACGGCCGACAGAAACUUCUACAACAAGUCAGAUGGCGUCAUCAUCCAUCACCGAGACAUCUGCACCGACCUCUCCAACCUGCCGCCGUUCCAGAGACCGUCCUUCCAGAAGUGGGUGUGGAUGAACCUGGAGUCGCCGUCGCACUCGUCCCAGCUGCCGGGGAUCGAGAACAUCUUCAAUCUGACUCUCAAUUACCGUCAGGAUGCUGACAUUGAAGUGCCUUAUGGGUCCAUCGUAGCAGCGGAGGGCGAGGAGGACUUUGUGCCACCCAGCAAAAACAAGCUGAUCUGCUGGAUUGUGAGCAACUGGAACCAGGACCACGUGCGGGUGAAGUACUACAAUGAGCUGUACAAACACAUCGAGGUUCACGCCUACGGACAAGCCUUCGGGGAAUACAUCGCCGACCAGGACUACUUCCCCACCAUGGCCAGCUGUAAGUUCUAUCUGUCCUUUGAGAACUCCAUCCACAAGGACUACAUCACAGAGAAACUGUACAACCCGCUCUCGGUGGGGACAGUGCCGGUGGUUCUCGGCCCGCCCCGGACGAACUACGAGAACUUUAUCCAGGGAGAUGCCUUCAUCCACGUGGAUGACUUCCCCUCACCCAAGGAGCUGGCGGACUACCUGCUGCUCCUGGACAAAAAUGAAGAAAUGUACGUCAGGUACUUUGAGUGGCGGCGGCACUUUAAAGUAAAGAAGGCUUAUUUCUGGGCAGAGCACACAUGCCUGGCUUGUGAUUACCUGCGCAGGCACAAGGAGUACAAGGCAUUCAAUAACCUCGACAAGUGGUACUGGGGUGGAUAGUGCUGUGAAAGGCUAUGAAGGGCUUGUUUUGUUGUUGAAGGCAGUGCUUUAAGAUUUUUGUCCUUCGGUUGACAUGAAGGUUCAUGUUGGCUGUUCUGUGGAGAGCUGUUUUUCUAGUGGUUCAGUGAGAUGUCCAUCUUGUUUUUUUAUUUGCGAGCCAUAAUGCUAAGCCUUACUUUGCCUUUUUUUCUUUAAUCCAUUGUUAUUUGUAUUUAUUUUUUAAGGAAAUUACAAAUGCACUACAUUUUUAUUGUUGCGUUAAUCCAUGUUUUACUCAACAUACCCACAUUUGCUGCUAUUCUCAAUUUUUCUUUGUUUACUAUGAGUUAUGAAUGCAUGUGCGCGUGAACGACAGAUCAUGCUCUGAAUGCAAGCUUGCUGUUUUUUUAUCUUUCUUCAAAACUCACCUUCUCAUGAAGUGGCACACAGCGGACCUUGCAAUAGUGUUGGCUGCAGAAGUAGACUUGGAAGAAAAAGCGAAAUUAUUUAUGUGAUAUUUAUUCAAGUGAGGCAUUAAACGAUUCAAAAAAGAAACAAUUUCAUCCGUGCUAGUGAUGCAGUCACCUAUGCAGUGUUUACUGAACUCAAAUGUGAAAAAAAAUGUGUCAUGUACAUAAUGUGUAUAAUGGAAAUUAUGUAGCUGUGAUUCUUUUCUCCAUAUUUUUCUAAGUUUGCAUUUGCACAGUUGAUCUUGCGGUUGCCGAUCUGACCCCAGAGCAGUGAGACAGAUCUUCAUCGUGCUCUGUGGUCGUUGAAGGCAUACGGUGAUCAUCGCCCCGCUCGUCUCUCUGACAGCAGACGUGACUCCGCUCGGUGAGAGGGAGGUUACUAUUUUAAUCGUGUUGCGAAUCGCUCAUUGUCACUUGUGAUGUGUCACAGUGCGGUGGGAUCCCAUGUGGAUGGCGACGGCACAGUGCCGAGCCAUUGUGCCGCGAUGUGAAACUCCCACACUGCUCAUUAUGUUGCCGACUGAUUUGAUCUUGAAAAGUGAUUUCGCACCACGUGACGGACAGAAAUAGCACAAAAUUAACACACAACGGAAUCUUUCUGUUAUGCUGCUGCUUCUGUUCUCCCAUCGACAAUUUCAUCUCAAUUAUCCACACUGAUUUUUUUGAAACUGUUUCCUGCAGCCUAUGGUUAAAGCGAGUGAGAAUGAGACCAACUCAGAUGAGGUGAGAUCUGCCCACAUGUUAGGAAAGAAUGUGCUUGCAGCGAGAUCCUCCACGUUUCUGUUUUUGAAUCAUUACACCAGUGCUGUUCGGGGAGUUUGCAGUGGCUUGUUAAAGUUUUAUUUUUUUUACACUCCUGUUUACAGCCCUACACCACUCGAGAACACACUACUAACAGACCGCUCAGCAUCUGUAGAUAUUACACCACAAUCAAUGUGUGUCAAACAGCGUUCUGCAGCUAUUGACAAGAUGGUACUGUGCAAAACCAUGGCAACAUUUUAUGCAAGAUAAGCCAGUGGCUUCUUGGUCAGAGUACUCCAGCGAGUCAGGUCUAUUAUCAUUUUGAUACGUCUUCACACUGUCAAAAGGGACCAUUGAUGUAAAUAUUGAUGAAUCCAAUUAUUUUUCUUAUAGAAUAUGGCUCCGAAUGCCAUCACGAAAACCUGUAUAUAAAACCUUGUUGUAGACUGGAUCGAUCCAGCCCACUAACACAGAUCAUUCCUGUUUGUGUGAACCAGACGGAGGGAGCGCCCGCAGUGUCUGCAUUCAUGGGGGGGGGGGGGGGAGGAAAAACAGUGGUGUUGUAUAUAUUUUUAAUGUUUAAAUCUCUUUAUAACAUGCAAGUGUCGUCAGGCGGUGGAUGUGAUUUCACUGUUCCUUUGUAAGUCAAGCUGGUGCUUCAAGAGACUGUGAAUCAACGUGAAAGGAGAGAGAGAGAGAGAGAGAGAGAGAGAGAGAGAGAGAGAGAGAGAGAGAGAGACUUGAAAAUAAUAACCUGCAUCAGAAACAAUGGUGUCAGUGUUGCAAGGUGGACGAGUUCGUCCGGGGAGGUAAUUUUACACUGGAGAAGUUUUUAUAGGCAGUAAUCCUGUUGGUGUGACCUAAUUGAAAAGAAGUCCCACUCAAAUGCAGCAGAGAUAUAGCACUUUCAUUCAUGUGGAGUUGUGUGAGUCACUGUGCUGGUGGCUGUCUUUUAGAUGGAGCUAUUGUGAGAUCCAAAAACCUGUCAUGCAAGACCUCUGCCUGUCCCACAGAUUCACUAUGAACUGGCGCCCGUGGGCUUCAUACUGUACAGUUUAAUCAUCAGAAAAAGGUUCCUAGCCCAUUGAGGUCGGCGACUUUAAGAAACAAGAAGUUUUUCCCUUUCUGAGUGUUGUCCGUCUUUUUCAGCCUCUCUUCCUUUCACUCCUUUUUUCUUUAUUUGCACAAAAACAAACACGAGGAGCCGCAACCUUCUCUGUCCCCGUGUCUGAGUCUGUGAGUGUGUCCCCUCACCAGAGAGUGAAUCAGGACGUCUCUGGAUACUGUCUGACCUGCCCAUGAUUUUGCUGGAGUCCUCAUUAAAAACACUGUAUAACCAAGUGAGAUGAAAUCUUCUUGUGUGAUUGAACAUGAAGAUGGUCAAUUUUUUACUUUUUUUUGCCAGUUCACUGAAAAUGUCAGUGAGUCAAUCAGUAAGGUUUUAUUUCUUUUGUUUGUUUCGCCAAAUCAAUGUAUUUUGCCAAAUGUUGUGUUUGAACUGUAGAUGUCUUCUGAUAGUGUCAAAGAAAAUAAAGAUAUGGAUAAAUGAGCAAACACG